AUGAGCUCUACGGAACGGCCGAGCAGGACUUUAAAGGGCAAAGAGCAGAUUCCGAUCACGCCUUUGUCUCCAAGCCUCAGACUGGACUGCUUCGCACAGCUGGUGGCACCCAAUAAAAAUCGAUAUCGCUCUCGCUUGGCGGCGUCCAAAGAAACUGCUGCAAGGAAAGCUGCGACCCCGAUGCCACCGUCCGAGUUUCUGGACAAACUUAUGGGUAAAGUUUCGGGUUAUGACGCCAGAAUCCGGCCAAAUUUCAAAGGGCCGCCUGUAAACGUAACCUGCAACAUUUUUAUCAACAGUUUUGGGUCCAUCGCUGAAACAACAAUGGACUACAGAGUGAACAUCUUCCUGCGGCAGCAGUGGAACGACCCCCGGCUGGCCUACAGCGAGUACCCCGACGACUCCCUGGACCUGGACCCCUCCAUGUUGGACUCCAUCUGGAAGCCCGACUUGUUCUUCGCCAACGAGAAGGGGGCCAACUUCCACGAGGUCACCACGGACAACAAGCUGCUGCGCAUCUCCAAAAACGGCAACGUGCUGUACAGCAUACGAAUAACACUGAUCUUGGCUUGUCCUAUGGAUCUGAAAAACUUCCCAAUGGACGUCCAGACCUGCAUCAUGCAGCUGGAGAGCUGUAAAUUCACCUGCAUCGAGGCUCGCUUCCACCUGGAGCGUCAGAUGGGCUACUACCUGAUCCAGAUGUACAUCCCCUCGCUGCUCAUCGUCAUCCUGUCCUGGGUCUCCUUCUGGAUCAACAUGGACGCGGCGCCGGCCCGGGUGGGGCUGGGCAUCACCACCGUGCUGACCAUGACCACGCAGAGCUCCGGCUCCAGGGCCUCUCUGCCCAAGGUGUCCUACGUGAAAGCCAUCGACAUCUGGAUGGCUGUCUGCCUGCUGUUCGUGUUCUCGGCCCUGCUGGAGUACGCCGCCGUCAACUUCAUCGCCCGCCAACACAAGGAGCUGCUGCGCUUCAGACGGAGGCGACGACACAUGAAGGUGAGUGCCCCGCGUUUCCCUCCGUCCGAUCAACAAAACGUCCAUGAUGUUAGAGUUUUGGGGGGAACGCUGAUCGGUUCGGGCUUCCAGAUCCCGCUGUUUCCACAUCUGCACUCCGGUCGUCACUGCUUACGACACGUAAAGACGCUAAAGGAGCUGAAAAUAGCCAAUUAA